UUUGGGCCAAACCUGCUGCAGAGGGAAGGAGGAGAUGCGAGUCCUCAAAUCUACGCUAUGGGGAUCGAGGACAGCACGGCGAUCAUCAGCGUGACCCUGGUGCUCAUACAGAACUACAGGAGGCUCUUCACGGUUUCUGCAGAGCUGCAGCAGGAGGUCCUGAUGAGUCUGAUCCAGACAGACCCAGACAUCAUCGACUAUCUGCUGCGUAGGAAACUCAGCGGCAGCCAUCUGACGGUGGAGAGCAGCAGUGAGUCAGGGGGUCGUCGGGAUACAGGGGUGUCUCUGGACUCUGUGGGAGCCUCCAGCGGGAGUUUGUCCCCACUUGAGCCCCCCUCGCCGCUUUUCCCACCCGACGGUAGUGGUGGAGAGGGAAGCCUGACCAGCGAGAUCUUCCUCAACGUGCUUAAGCUGAACCAGAACAGGAAGCGACAGGAAACGAGAUACGGUGAGGCGCCCUCAGGUAAAUCCAUCCGCUACAUGCGACAGUUCCACUCCCAUCACAACCUGCUCAGCCUGGCCCAGCCCUCUUCGUCUUCCACAUCCAGACUCCACGGUCAGGACCCCGACACACAGGACCGCAGGGGCCCGCUGGGCUCUGCGCUGAGCUUCAACCUGAGCGGCGGCAGCGGCAGCUGCUCCACUCUGAGCGGGUCGACAGAGAGCAGCAUCUGGGUGAGACAGACUCCGCAGGAGGAGAGCAAACCAUCACCAGUUGCUAAUUUCUGGGACUUCUUCACUGGGAAAGCGUCGAGCUCGGAGACGAUGGUAUGAUGAAGGGCGAGAAGAAGAGGAACAUGGAGGGAAAAGAGUGUGGUUUUGUGUGUGUUUGCUGUCAGAGGUCAGAAAUCCCCAGAAAACUGGUAAAGAACAUGUUACAUUUAAAAGACAACUGUUGAUUUAAACCAGCAUUGUGGAAGAUUUGGCGUGAAUUGGGAUUUGACGCCCCCAACAUUUCAAAGUUCCACGCUGUGGUAAAUGAGGACAGCUGUACAUGUGCAUAUGUUAUGAUUACAUCACUUACAACUUUGCCAACACAGCCAAGCAUCAAGCGAGUUUGACAACACAAGACAGACUUGCUACUCCAACAGAAAGAAGGCCAGCUCGGAGUUUCCUCCUUUCAGCUCUGUUAUCUCCGGCCAACAAGUAUAAACCAGUCUGAUGUUUA